ACCUCCCCCCUCCCCCCGGGGUUGGGGGGGCCGGAGCAGAGAGCACCCAGCCCGGGAGGUGGAUGAAUGUGGGAGAAAAUGGAGACCAAGACGAUCGUGUACGACUUGGACACAUCAGGGGGGCUGAUGGAGCAAAUCCAAGCUCUGCUGGCCCCCCCCAAGACGGACGAGGCAGAAAAGCGGAGUCGGAAGCCUGAGAAGGAGCCCCGGAGAAGCGGCAGGGCCACCAACCACGACAGCUGCGAUAGCUGCAAGGAAGGUGGAGAUCUCCUGUGCUGCGACCACUGCCCGGCUGCCUUCCACCUCCAGUGCUGUAACCCUCCACUGAGUGAAGAAAUGUUGCCUCCUGGAGAGUGGAUGUGUCACCGGUGCACUGUUCGCCGAAAGGUAAUAAUGCUGCUUUCUGAAGACUGUCCAGAAAGCCUGAUCCAGAGCACUGAUAUGCUAGAGCUCAGACGGCCUAGCCCUGAAGGCAUUCUUGUCCCUUCUUCUUGUCUCUUCCAGCCCUGGAAUCACCCCACUCUUCCCAUGGUGACUGUUUGGAAUCCAGUAGGGCCUAAAAAUCCAAACAUGGGCUGCUGAAAUGGGCAGAAGAGGUGUGUUAACUUACUGAGCCGUGUUUAGUCACUAGUGACAGGAGUAGUCUUAUCUUCUUGUUAACUUCCUAAUAAGUGGCCUGAAUGUGGCAGCCUUAUCCAUGACUGAAGAACGAAGGCUGCUUCUCCAGCUUGAUGGAAAAUGGAGUUUUCUCUCACCCCAAGGCAAAUAAGUCACUGGUAUCCAGAGACUUGUCAUACUGACGGAGAGGAU